AUGCCCAAAUUAACGACUGGGGUAGCAGGGCGCUGGUCGUUCCCACUCACUCAGGGAUGGCCCCUUGAUAAAGAGACUACGACAAACAAAGACAGAGAAGACAGACACAAAGACGAGGAGCGAGACACACCUCAAGCUAUCGAUGAAGAGGCACAAACUCUACUCGAAAAACAGCCUAGGGAAGGGGCUGGUGGAUCUGGUGCUUCUACAGCUCGUCCGCGCUCUUGCUGCUGCUACUACUGGCCCGAUGUGGUGGAGUGGCUAGAGGCUCGGCGGCUCCCACGUGGUUCUGUGGACUCCAUGCAGCGGCACUUAGCCGCUCAUUGGUGGCAGUCGUUGGUUGAAGGCUUGGUCGCCGCUGCAGUGCUGUGGUGCUCUUGGCUUGUGGCUACUCCUGAUAACUAUGCUGUGUGGGCUGUGCUUUGUCUCUUCUUUUUGGCGCUGCUGCAAGCCUCAUUCUCUGCCUUCGUAACUCGUACUACGGCCUCGUUCGUGUUCACUGAGUUGGUGCUGUCGGCCGCCACGUUGGUCAGCUUUAGCAACAUGUUCACCUACGGGCCCGAGGUCUGGAGUGUCUGGCUUACCUCCUGUCUUGUUACUAUCCUAGCUAUCUUUUCAUUCUCGACGCUAAGAAAUGCAGCCCUCGUCACCAAGCUGCACGUAGAGGUGCUUCUGCUCACGCUGCUCAUCGUACUCUCCAUACCAGUCGUCACCGAUGCAAGCUUCGAGCCAUUUCAAGUCCUAAACACUUAUGGAGCUCUGGGCAAAAUACAGAAAGAACGUUACGAGCUCAUUGUGCAAGGAACUGACGAUGAGAAAUUGACGAUAGAUACUAAAUGGCAGAACUACGAAUUUCAGUGCAAGCCAACAAGUCUCCAUAAGGCUCCUUGUUAUUCGGGACCUUAUCACCACCGUCUGGACUGGCUGAUGCGCCUUGUGGCACUUGAAGAGAAACAGUCAGCACUCUCCCAUCAUGAAUGGUUUCCUAAAUUCCUCUCAGCCUUACUUAAGAAUAACUCGUAUGUGACGGGCCUCCUGCGCCACAAUCCGUUUCGUGAGGAGCCUCCCACCCACAUUCGAGUGCUGCGUGCGGAAUAUCACUUUACCAAGAGGAAGAACGAGGGUUUGAUUUUUUCAAACGGCCCCUGGUGGGAAAUACGGAGAGGAAGCACUAAGGUCUUCAUGGAGCCACAUGAAGUCCCGGGGGCGCAGCCUCACUUGCAAAAGGUGCUGGCAGAGAGGGCGGAGCGGCAGCGGGUGGCAGAAGCGGCAGCAGCGGCGGCAGCGGCAGCGAGACGGCGGCGGGAGGAGGAAGAAGAGCUAUGGCGAAGGGUCGUUGAGGCCAAGCGUGCUGCUGAGAAGCUCAAGAAACAGCAGGAGGAACAGCAGCAACGAGAAAAAGAGCGACGGGAGGUCGAGGAAAGAGGGAGACGAGAAGCAGCAGCAAAGGCCCAGGCAGCAGCGGCUGAAGCACAGAGGGCCAAAGAGGAAGCAGAGAGAAAGGCAGCAGAAGAAAAGAAAAGGAAAGAGGAAGAAGCAGAGGCAGCAAGGAAGGCACAGCAGGAAGCAGCAGCCAAGGCCGAGGCAGAGCGGCGCGCCGUAGAGCUGGAAAAACAAAAAGAAAAGGAAAGGCAACAGGAAGCGCAACGGCAGCAACAGGAAGCAGCAGAAAAACAGCGACACGUAGAAGAACUAGCCAAGGCUGGCGAACUGCAGAGGCAAAGAGAGGAGGAAAAAAGAAGGCACGAGUUAGCCGAAGAGGCCGAGCGCAGGCGGAAGCAGGAGGCGCAGCGACAAAAGGAGGAGCAGCAACGGCAGCAACAGCUGGCUGAAAGACAAGCAAAAUUAGAAGAAGAACAGAAGCAAAAAAUGCAAAGGAUACAACAGUUACUUAUCUCAAUAACAAAGCAAAUACCCGGGGGGGUCCCUUUACGGGAAGCCGCUAGACUCUCUAGAAAAGCACGCCACCGAGCAGCAGCAGCAAUGCUGAAAAGCGAAUAA